GCCAGUGUUGCUCUAUAGAGGAAUCGCCUCUCCGUCUACUGACUUGUGUCCAUGAUUAAAUCCCUGCGAGGGAGACAACACGCAGAGCAGCCAUGAGCAACGUGUAUGAUGUUGUUGUCAUCGGUGGAGGCAUCUCAGGUCUUACAGCUGCUAAGUUGCUUGUGGAAUCAGGACUUAAUGUUGUGGUACUGGAAGCACGAAACAGAGUUGGGGGAAGAACGCAUACAAUUAGGAACAAAGAAGUCCAAUAUGUUGAUGUCGGUGGAGCAUAUGUUGGACCGACUCAAAAUCGCAUUUUACGAGUGGCAAAAGAAUUAGGUGUACAAACGUAUAAAGUCAAUGUACAGCAAAGGCUGAUCCAUCACGUAAGGGGUAAAACAUAUGCAUUUCAUGGGUCAUUCCCCCCAACAUGGAAUCUUUUAGCGAUUUUGGAUUAUAAUCAUCUGUGGAGGACAAUCGAUGAAUGGGGAAAAGAGAUCCCUGCUGAUGCACCAUGGAAAGCUCCACACGCAUUAGAAUGGGACAAGAUGACAAUGAAGGAGUUUAUUGACAAAGUUUGCUGGACAAAAGCAGCUAAAAGGUUUGCUCAGCUGUUUGUGAAUGUGAAUGUCACCUCCGAAACGCAGCAUGUUUCUGUUCUGUGGUUCCUGUGGUACAUAAAGCUUUGUGGAGGAACCGAUCGCAUUUUUUCUGUGGAAAAUGGAGGCCAGGAAAGAAAGUUUGUUGGAGGAGCCGGACAAAUAAGUGAGAAGUUAAUGGAGCUUCUUCAAGAUCGAGUCAAGCUACAAAGACCAGUGGUCAGACUUGACCAGUCUGGGGAAAAUGUAAUUGUGGAAACCUUAAACCAUGAAGCCUAUCAGGCCAACUAUGUUAUCAGUGCUAUACCGCCAUGUCUAACUACCAAAAUCCAUUUCAAUCCAGAGUUGCCAGCCACUAGAAAUCAGUUAAUACACAGACUUCCCAUGGGAUCUAUUAUAAAAACCAUGAUGUACUACAAGGAAGCAUUUUGGAGAAAAAUGGAUUACUGUGGGGCCAUGUUUGUUGAGGAUGAAAACACUCCUGUUGAGAUUGCUCUAGAUGACACUAAACCUGAUGGUUCUUGCCCAGCCCUUAUGGGCUUUAUUUUAUCCAGGAGGGCCACUGCAUUGACGCAUCUUACCAAGGAAGAGAGAAAGAAAAGAAUCUGUGAAUACUAUGCCAAAGUCUUUGGUACUAAAGAAGCAUUGCAACCCGUGCAUUAUGAAGAGAAGAACUGGUGUGAAGAGCAGUACUCUGGUGGAUGUUACACAGCCUAUUUCCCCCCAGGUGUAAUGACUCAGUAUGGAAGUGUCAUUCGACAGCCUGUUGGGAAGAUUUACUUUGCUGGCACUGAAACUGCCACACAAUGGAGUGGAUAUAUGGAAGGUGCAGUGCAGGCUGGCGAGAGAGCAGCAAGAGAGAUAAUGUGCAAAAUGGGACUCAUUUCUGAAAAUGAAAUAUGGGUGCCUGAACCAGAAUCCGUGGAUGUCCCUGCAUUGCCUUUCAACAAAUCAUUUUUGGAGAGAAAUCUGCCAUCCGCUCGAGGUUUAGUGAGGUUCAUUGGCUUGUCUACAUUCGUAGCUUCAGUGGCCGCCCUUGGGUUCUUUGCACACAAGAAAGGAUUUGUUGUUCGAGUUUAAUGUUAAUUCUUGAUGUUUUGAUUUACCUUAGUCUUCAUGAAAACCAAUCACUUUGGUAUUUGAAUGUUUCCA